AUGACUACCCCAUUCGAACGCCGCGCCAUGCUUCUCAAAGCGUUGGACUAUGCUCACGAGGCCGUAAAUCUUGAUACUACCAAAGAUGGCCGGGGCGCGGUCGUUGCGUACCGAAAAUGCACUGCAUUGCUCGACGAGGUGAUUGUUGCGGCAGCUCCGUUGGACGAGAAGAGCACUACCAAACAAUCCUUGUCCGAUGUUCGCCACUGGCACGACCGAUAUGCCAAGCGUGCGGAGAGAUUAAUGCAGAAAUACAAAAUCUCGCCUCUAUCUAUAGAGGUCGUGUCGAGUGCCUGA